CUCUUACAUUAUUAUUCACUCAUCACUUAACCAAAAACCACAAUGGCUUCCAAACACAUUUCCCUUACUAUUUUCCUUUGCUUUAACCUUUUCUUUGCCUUAGUUUCUAGUUGUGGCACUUGUCCUAAACCUAAACCAAAACCAAAACCCUCAUGUCCACCACCACCUUAUUACCCUAAAGAAACUUGUCCAAUUGAUACACUUAAAUUAGGUGUUUGUGCUGAUGUUCUUGGAUUAGUAAAUGUUGUUGUUGGCUCACCACCAGUAACUCCUUGUUGUAGUCUUCUAUCUGGACUUGCUAAUGCUGAAGCUGCUCUUUGUCUUUGUACUGCUCUUAAGGCUAAUGUUUUGGGAAUUAACCUUAAUCUCCCUAUUUCACUUAGUUUGCUUCUUAAUGUUUGCUCUAAAGAAGCUCCUGCUGGCUUUCAAUGCUCUUAAUUAAAUUAAUUUUGUCAAGAUUUAAUUAAGUUUUGUCAUUUGAGGUUGAGGGGUGUGAAAGACAUUAUAUUAAUUUACUUUGAGAUGGUUGGUUUGGUUUGAUUUGAAGAUUAUAUUAUUGUAAUAUCUAAGACAUUAUGUUGAUAUGUGUCAUGUUCAAGUUUAUGUUGUAUGAUUAUUAUUGUUACUUAUAUGUUAUAUAAAAGUUUACUUUGAGUUUGAGAGUUUAA